AUGACUUCUUCCACAAAAGACUCUGACGUCAGUGUCCUGAAGCGUCAGGGAACGCAGUUCUUCGUCGAGCCGCGCCAAACCAUAGUCAGGAAUGUGAUCAAGAAAGAUCAGAUGCCGAUUCGAACAUUUCACGAUGAGGAAUGGUUUCAAAAGGAUAUCGACCCUGUGGAUCCAAACUUCUUUUAUCCCAAUCGCUUUUACCACCGCACCAUUCUGAUCACUGGUGGUGCAAGAGGUGUCGGAAAAGCUACUGCUUUGAGAGCGGCCAAAGAAGGUGCCAACGUUGUAAUCGCUGAUUCGUUGCCCGAAGGUGCCGACACCGCAAAGGAGAUUCUGCUCCACGGAGGUAAAGCGAUAUUCGUGUUGACCAACGUGUCUUCUAGCAGCGACUGCUACCGUAUGGUGCAAAAGACAGUCGAAACGUUUAAAACUCUCGAUCUGGUCGUGAACAGUGCUUCGGUAAUGGACGGAUACGAAACAGAUAUCACCUCUAGACACGUCCCGACAAAUGAACUGUUU